AGCGAACUCCCCUCCAACCUCGUCCUCAAAGCCCUAACCCCCACCCUCUGGCUGCCCCUCCUAACCGCCAUCUGGGGCAUCAUCACCAUGUGUCUGGGCUUCGUACGCAACUUCGCCAGCUUCUUCGCCGUGCGCGCCCUGCUAGGCCUUGCUGAGGGUGGGCUGUUGCCGGGUAUUGUGCUGUAUCUGUCGGGCAUGUACACGCGGCGCGAGAUUGCGGUGCGCAUUGGUGUGUUUUAUACGGCGGCUUCGUUGUCGGGGGCGUUUGGCGGGUUGUUGGCGAGGGGGUUGUCGGCUAUUGGGCCGAGGGGGGGAUUGGAGGGGUGGAGGUGGAUUUUUGUUAUUGAGGGGUUGCUUACGGUUGUGUGCGCGGCUGCUGCGUACCUGCUGCUCCCGACGAGCGUGGCCACGGCAUCAUACCUAACCCCGGAGGAAAAGGACUUUGCGCUGCGCCGUCUGCAGGGACAGGUUGCGCACGCACCGGGAGCUGAUCGGUUCAGCCCUACCCGGGAACGUGAGGAGAAGUUCAGCUGGGGCGAAGUCCGCCGCGGUAUUUUCAACGUUCAGGUGUGGCUCUCGUCUACGGCCUACUUUGCGAUUCUCUCGGGGCUGUAUAGUUUUGGUCUAUUCCUCCCCACGAUUAUCAAUGACCUCCAUAUCACCUCGUCCGCGGACGAGACCCAACUCUGGUCCAUCAUCCCCUACGCCGUGGCCACCCCAAUCACCGUCCUCGUCGCCCUCCUCUCCGACCGUCUCAACCUGCGCGGCACAGUAAUGCUCGCCAGCCUGCCCAUCGCCAUCAUCGGCUACGCCGUCAUCGCCAAUGUGCCGUCCGCCAACGUGCGCUUCGGCAUGACCUGCCUGAUGGCCAUCGGCAUGUAUGCCAGCGUACCCUGCGUGCUGGUGUGGAAUGCCAACAACUCGGCGGGGCAUUACAAACGCGCGACGACGUCGGCGCUGCAGUUGGCUGUGGCGAAUUGUGGUGGUUUCGUGGCUACGUUCAUCUACCCCAAGGACGAAGGGCCGUUGUACCACAAGGGCCACACCGUUGUCCUCGGUCUGUUGGUGUAUGCGUGGUUUGCCAUCCUGGCCAAUGUUCUGUGGUGCUGGAAGAUCAACAAGGACAAGGAGAGUGGGAAGUAUGCGGAAUUCGAAGACUGUGGUGAUGAUCGGGAUCCGAGGUUCAAGAUGGUUUUGUAA